AUGGCGGUGGUCAUCACGAAACUGACGGGCAUAUAUGAUUUUACUGGUGUCCACAAUGAUGCCCUCAGGGAUCUCCUCGAUGAUGCCUGCCUUGCAGCACUCAGUGUCCGACUUCUCCUCGAGUAUCUACCAAUUAAUGAGGACAUCAUGCAUACCGGAGUGCGUCUGGUGGAGUCACACUUGGCUGUAGUCUAUACUAUCAGCAAGGACCGCAAAUAUCUGACAGCGGGCUAUCCAUCGGAGCCUGUCGUCGCUGAAGCGGCUGCUCAAGUGAUGCGGAGGUUUCAAGACCCAGUUCCAGACAUCCUGGCGCGGUAUACUCGUAGCGCGAUGAUAUCCGCGGGUCAAAGAGGAGAACUAGUGAUGCGACUUCUCCUCAUCCGGGCUUUUGACAACGCUUCGAAGAGAAAUCGUGGCGAUAACGACCAGAUCGACCGACCCGUGAGCUUAUUUGCAUUCCUCGAGGAGCUCUUCAAUGUAGGACAAGUGAACAAAUUGCGAGUAUCCUAUCCCGCCAGCGGCUAUGGGGAGCGAUUUGACGCAGCAUUCAAGGACGCUCACGUCCGCUUCACACAUUUUGCGAGGCUCGAAGACAACUCUUUGGUCACUUCGCGAGGGGCCUGGAUAGCUAUGACACGUGGCAUAGCCUGGCAGUGUGCCCCGCAACAGGAGGUCAUUGAUUGCAUAGUCCCCGUCGCUCUCAAUAGAGGAUUGUUGUCAGAGAAGACGAUGACUGCGAUCCUUAUUCAGGUCAAAAACCGCAAGUCACCGGCCCCGCUCGUCAUCGAUGAGAGCAAAUUGUCCCAUAAGGGCCACAGGUUUUUCCCCGCAGAGACAGAAGAUCGGCGGCCGUACAUAGCACUCGUGCUGGAACUAGGUGUCCGGAAUGUUAGCAACCUGAGAGAGAAGCCGCCAAGUGUCCGACUGUCCGAGUCCUCAAACGCUCCCAUGCAUCCGCGCUACCAGUUGGACGUGUAUGGUUGUUCACCUCGUGUGUACAGCGUCGUCAAAGACAAGAAAGCGUAUACUCUGCUCCUCGAUGGCAGGGACAUCUACCUGGAACAUCCACGCAGGAGUACUGAGCCCUGGUUAAAGCGCGUUCGGGGAUAUUGGUCCGCGAAGACAGCGGACUGGACAGAUGACAGUGGGAAGGCUCAGGGGAUCGAUGAGGAUAUCGAGGAUGAUCAGACCUAUCUUGGUGCAAGCCAGAUUCACGGAGAGUCCAUAAGCGUCGUGGGUGAAGAAUCUUAG